CGCUUUCCCCUGAAUUAGACCGAUGAAAAGAGGUCCUCACGCGGGCGCUGCUGGGAUUUUGUUUCAUUCUCCAGCUACCAAACAGUUCCCGCAUUUGUUUCUAAUAUAAACUGCUUACAUUUUCUCUGUGGAGGAAAGUUGAAGGGGGAAUGAGCAGCAGGGAAAAUCUACCGUGACUUUUUCGGAGGAGAAAGUGGCCCCCCGGUGCCAACAGGGCAGAUAGUUGCUGCCGCUGUCUGUCUGUGCUGCAGCGGAUCAUCACUGGGAGCUGGGGAAGAAAAGCUAGCUUACUUUUUCUGUAUGUAGCCUCGGAAAUAACACCACAGCGCCAAGAUGGACCUCAAGCUGCUCUUGGUAUCCACAUUGUUAGGAGUCUUUUGUUGCAGCAAUGCUCAGAAAGAGGGGAACGAGUGCAUCAAUACCAACGCCAAGUACUGCGGGGAGUGCAUCCAGGCCGGAGCCAAAUGUGGCUGGUGUAAAGACCCGAGCUUCUUGAAACAGGGAGAGACCGUGUCGACCCGUUGUGACGAGCUGCAGUCUCUGAUAAAAAGAGGCUGUGAUGUUGCAAUGAUCGAGAACCCUCGCGGGGAUCAGACUACCUUCAAGAACAAAACGGUGACGAAUCGCAGGAAGGGAGCGGAGAAACUAAAACCAGAGGACAUCACUCAGAUUCAGCCCCAGAAACUCAGCCUCACCCUCCGAUCUGGUGAGCCCCAGUCUUUCGACUUGAAGUUCAAACGAGCGGAGGAUUAUCCCAUUGACCUGUACUACUUGAUGGACCUGUCCUACUCCAUGAAGGACGAUCUGGAGAACGUCAAGAACCUUGGGACCAGUCUAAUGCUGGAGAUGUCAAAGAUCACCUCUGACUUCAGGAUAGGUUUUGGUUCCUUUGUGGAAAAGACAGUCAUGCCAUACAUCAGCACCACCCCGGCCAAGCUGCUGAACCCAUGCACAGGCGACCAGAACUGCACCAGCCCGUUCAGCUACAAGAACGUCCUGAAGCUGACCAGCGAUGGCAAGAAGUUCAACACCCUGGUGGGCAAGCAGCACAUCUCUGGAAACCUGGACUCUCCUGAGGGGGGUUUUGAUGCCAUCAUGCAAGUGGCCGUGUGUGGGGACCACAUCGGUUGGAGGAAUGUGACUCGUCUGCUGGUGUUCUCCACUGACGCUGGCUUCCACUUUGCUGGCGAUGGCAAACUGGGCGGCAUCGUUCUUCCCAACGAUGGAAGAUGUCACUUGGAGAACAAUGUGUACACCAUGAGCCACUACUAUGACUAUCCCUCCAUCGCUCACCUGGUUCAAAAGCUGAGCGACAACAACAUUCAGACCAUCUUUGCAGUCACAGAGGAGUUCCAGCCCGUUUACCAGGAGCUGAAAAAUCUGAUUCCAAAGUCUGCAGUUGGCACUCUGUCUGCCAACUCAAGCAAUGUAAUCAACCUUAUUAUAGACGCCUACAAUUCUCUCUCGUCAGAGGUUAUUCUGGAGAACAGCAAGCUUCCAGAGGGAGUGACCAUAGCUUACACGUCGCUCUGUAAGAACGGAGUGGUUAGUGAGGGUGAAAGUGGACGGAAGUGCUCCAACAUCUCCAUCGGGGAUCAGGUCAUGUUUAGCAUCAGUGUGACCUCUAAAGGCUGUCCGAAGCAAGGCAAGCCUGAGACCAUCAAGAUCAAGCCCCUGGGAUUCACAGAGGAGGUGGAGAUUACCCUCAACUUCAUCUGUGAGUGUGAAUGCAACAAGGAUGGUAUCAAGAACAGUCAACUCUGCCACUUUGGAAACGGGACCUAUGAGUGCGGAGCCUGCAAGUGUAAUGAAGGACGCGUGGGCCGACAGUGUGAGUGCAGCAGCAACGAUGUGGCCACAGAGGACAUGGACCGGACCUGCCGUAAAGACAACGGCACCGACAUCUGCAGCAACAACGGAGAGUGUGUGUGUGGCACAUGCGAGUGCAAGAAGAGAGACAACCCCGAGGAGAGGUACAGCGGCCAGUACUGCGAGUGUGACAACUUCAACUGUGACCGCUCUGGAAACAAACUGUGUGGAGGGCACGGAGGCUGUGACUGCAGAGUUUGUGUCUGUGACCCCAUGUGGACCGGAAGUGCCUGUGAUUGUUCUCUGGACAACAGCACGUGUAUGGCCGCAAACAAGCAACUCUGUAACGGCAGAGGGAUGUGUGAAUGUGGCACUUGCAAGUGCACUGACCCCAAAUUCCAGGGUCCCACCUGUGAAACUUGUCCUACCUGCCCAGGAGUCUGCACUGAACACAAAGAGUGUAUCCAGUGCCGGGCGUUUGGCACUGGUGAGAAGAAGGAGACAUGCGAGAGAGACUGCAGCUACUUCAACCUGAUUAAAGUGAAGGAAAGGGACAAGCUGCCUCAGCCCAACGACGCCACUUACCCUGUGAUGCACUGCAAGGAGAGGGACGCCAACGACUGCUGGUUCUACUACACCUACGCCGUCAACAACAACACGCAGAAGGAGGUCCAUGUGGUCGACUCGCUGGACUGCCCCGCCGGUCCUGACAUCAUCCCCAUCGUGGCGGGAGUGGUCGCCGGCAUCGUCCUGAUUGGCUUAGCCCUGCUGCUCAUCUGGAAGCUGCUGAUGAUCAUCCACGACAGAAGAGAGUUCGCCAAGUUUGAGAAGGAGAAGAUGAACGCCAAAUGGGAUACGGGUGAAAAUCCCAUCUACAAAAGUGCUGUCACGACUGUGGUCAAUCCCAAGUUUGAAGGAAAAUAAUGGCGUCAACAAACUCUGCUAUCAAAUAUCCAGCUGCAGUAUUUACCGCAGGUCUGGGGGAGAACCUGUGGUAGAAGUUAUGUAAUUUCUUCUUGUUGCUUUACCAUUAUAAUGUAGCAUGUGGACACGGCAUCUGUUUUUACUAACACUCAUGAUUUAUAUGCAUUUGUUGUAUUUUAGAUGUACAGUAUACAGUAUGUGUAUAUACUUUUUAAGUUGCAUUUUUUUUUUAACACAAUGUGGACGCUAUGGAUAUAGAAUAUAUAUGUACACAAAUUCCUCAGCUUCUGUCUUUUUCUCACACAUUUGUCUGUGUUUUCGUCUCUCUGUGCACUGACUUCCUGUGUGUCUGUGUGUGUUCCAGACAGGACCUGAGUUAGAUAUGUAAAUUGUCAGCCAUAGCAGCACAUAGUGAGUGCGUGUGUGUGUGUGUGUGUGUGUGUGUGUGUGUGUGUGUGUGUGUGUGUGUGUGUGUGUGUGUGUGUGUGUGUGUGUGUGUGUGUGUGUGUGUGUGUGCAUGUGCGUGUGUGGAAAACAACUGCAAUAGAAAUUAUUGAAUAAGAUUUCACAUUUAACUUCAAUUGGACAUUUAUGUUGAAGGUUAUGCAGUGGUUGUAAAUGUAGUUUUGAACUUCAGCUUAGAAAUACAUUUUGUUGCACUCUUAGUGAGUACUGCUGUCUAUUCUAAAAGUUUAAAUACAUACACAAGAUGAAGAUUAAUAUCAACUAUCAAUUUUUUUAAUUGCUGUUAUCACAAAGGGACUGUAUACCACUUGUUAAAAUUAUGAAAUUGUGGUUGAACAACCAACGGAUUUGUAUAGUUAUGAUACAAUUGCUUUUAACUCAUGAAAUAUUGUUGUACUUGCUUACUGCAGUAACUUUAUUACUCAUUCUCAGGUCCUUUCCUGUGUUCUUGUCAAGUACGCCAAAAAUACGUUUUGUGUCAGCUUGUUCCGUGAACCGAUGAACUAAUUUGUGUGAGUCAAUUCUGUCAGUGGUAUUUUUUUUUUUUUUGAUUGCAAGACUGAAACAAGAGUAUUUGUUCGGACGUCACAUGAAUCACCUCUGAAAUGCUUUCACACCUAAUGCCCCUGAAGUACCACACACAAGCCUUUACAGUAUUGUUUUCAAAGUGCCUUUAAUUUCAAUACCAUGUUCUCUCCCAAUGCUGUUUGAGUUAUUUAUUAAAUAAAGUACAAAAACUGCC